AUGUUGAUGAACGUAGGACCAACUAAAGAAGGAACUAUCAGUCCCAUAUUUGAAACCAGAUUAAGGGACGUAGGGUCAUGGUUAACGGUAAAUGAAGAGGCUAUCAGAAGUUCAAAACCAUGGACCUCACAAAACGACACAGUAACCCCAAGAGUUUGGUACACCAUGAAAAACAGUGACGUAUACGCCAUAGUGCUUGACUGGCCAACAACUUCAACUCUCAGUCUGGGAGCACCAAAUCCUCAACCAGACACAACAGUGUCUUUACUGGGUUAUAAUGGUGGAACCUUUACCUGGAAAUCAAGACAAGGAGGUGGAAUGGAUAUCAUGAUACCGGCUAUUUCUGCAAAUAAGAUGCCAUGUCAAUGGGCGUGGGUGUUUAAACUAUCGGGCCUUUCUUAG